GCGUCAAUCAUCUCUGGAAUUCGAGUCAGUCUUUGCUAUCAUGUCUGCCCCCACAACGCCCCCGCCGCUGCCGCCCUCUACGCUAACUGCACGCGUUGUGCUCCCCACGGAUUCCGGAGAAGAAGAUACCCCAGCUGAAGAGUACGAAGAGCGCGACUUCCUCGAGGACUUUCCAGAUGAAACGGAGGAACUGGAGCUUGUCCAUUUGAAGAUCGGACCACUAGCGCCACUGCGACUGCCGCGAUUCGCGACACACCUCAAGAAACUAUGUCUCCGGCAGAACUUCAUCUCCGCUCUCGAGCCCGAAGUGUUUGACCCGCUGAUCAAGCUGGAGGAGCUCGAUUUAUACGACAAUAAGCUCAAGCACGUCGACGAUGCGCUGAACAAGCUGGAGAGUCUCAAAGUGCUUGAUCUCUCGUUCAACUUGAUCAAAACUGUCCCAGAUGUACUGCUCCGUCUACCCGCGCUGGACACGGUGUUCUUCGUUCAGAACCGCAUCUCGAGCAUCUCAAACUUGGAUAAAGCGACUCGUCUGCGCAGCUUGGAACUCGGCGGAAACAAGAUCCGGACGAUCGAAAAUCUAGACGCUUUGGUUAAUCUCGAAGAACUUUGGCUGGGGAAGAACAAGAUUACGAAGCUCGAGAAUCUCGGGAAACUCAAAAAACUGAAGAUUUUGUCGUUACAAUCUAACCGAAUCACGAAACUGGAAGGACUAGAAGAGCUGGAAGGGCUAGAAGAGCUGUAUCUGAGCCAUAACGGGGUUGAGCGGAUGGAAGGAUUGGAAGCGAAUGUCAAUCUGACGACGCUCGAUUUGGGGAACAACUUCGUUCCAGAGAUUGAAAAUAUAUCCCAUCUGACGAAAUUGCAGGAGCUCUGGUUGACGGGCAACCAAAUCCCAAAUCUCCAAGCGCUAGAUGGACAGCUGAAGCACAUCGACACGCUGGAAACGAUCUACUUGGAGGCCAACCCGUGUCAAAGUAGCGACCCCUCCAACUACCGGAGGAAAAUCAUUCUUGCUUUACCUCAGUUGAAGCAGAUCGAUGCAACCUAUGUUCGGAUGUAACGCAUGCAUG